ACUCUGGCCUUCCUGCUGCAGGUGUACGCGCCGCUGCCCGGCCGCGCCGACGCCUUCCACCGCAGCCUCUUCCUCUUCUGCUGCCGGGAGCCACCGUGCUGCGCCGGCCUCCGAGUUUUUAGGAAUUAGCUACCCAGGAAAAAUGACUUUUACUCAUAUGAGCCACCUUCUGAGAAUCCUCACCCCGAAACAGAAGAAUCUGUGUGUCUCCAACUUAAGUCUGGUGCACAUCUCUGCAGGGUUUGUGGCUGCCUAGGCCCCAAGAUAUGCUCCAGAUGCCACAAUGCUCAUUAUUGCAGUAAGGAACAUCAGGUUCUAGACUGGAGAUCAGGACAUAAGCAGACUUGUACACAACCAAAUCAAUUGGAAUAUACAGUUCCAGACCACAACUUCCUUUUCCCAGAAUUUGAAAUUGUAACAGAAACAGAGGAUGAGAUUAUGCCUGAAGUCAUGGAAAAGGAAGAUGACUCGGAGGUUGUACGGAACAUGGGUGAAGCACUUGAGGAAGAACUGGAUUCCAUGGCAAAACAUGAAUCCAGGGAAGAUAGAAUUUUCCAGAAGUUUAAAACUCAGAUAGCCCUUGAACCAGAACAGAUUCUCAGAUAUGGUAGAGGUAUUGCCCCCAUCUGGAUUUCUGGUGAAAAUAUCCCUCAAGAGAAGGAUAUUCCAGAUUGCCCUUGUGGUGCCAAGAGAAUAUUUGAAUUCCAGGUCAUGCCUCAGCUGCUGAACUACCUAAAGGCUGACAGACUGGGCAGAAGUGUUGACUGGGGUGUCCUGGCUGUCUUCACCUGUGCUGAAAGCUGUAGCUUGGGCACUGGCUAUACAGAGGAAUUUGUAUGGAAGCAGGAUGUAACAGAUACACCUUACAGACAUUAAAGCCUUAAAAACAUUA